AUGUACUGCAUGCCUCAGUGCACGAACAGAGCGGUGAAGGAUGAGAUAAGCCUUCAUUCGUUUCCGCUGGAUGUGCGACUCAAGAAGGAGUGGGUGGUGAAGCUCCGUAUAGGCAAGCCUGUGGCGCCGCCAAUGAAGUUUUGCAGCGCACAUUUUGUCACCGAAGACUUCUUAUGGAGCAGCAUUGGCCUCGCUGGGUCGAACACCAGGCCCUUCCUGGCCGGCUACGUCACCCAGGGUCGGAAGACUGUCCGACGAGCCGGGUCCAAGUGGUACAUGCCUCUCGCCGUGUACGAGCCGAACUGGCUGCCGUCGUACAUUCACGGCAGCGGCUACGUGGUGUCGCGCGACGCGGUGCGGCCCUUCUUCGCCGAGGCACUUGCGACGUCCUUCCUCUACGCGGAGGACAUCUUCCUCACGGGCGUCGUGGCGCAGAAGGUGGGCAUCGAGUUGACGAACUCACGCUGCUUCAUCCCCUACUCGGUGUGGCAACCUUGCGACCACCGCAACUUCCUCUCGACUCACGAGUGGGACCUCGAGCAGCUGCGGAUCGCCUGGCAGAGCGUUCACUAUGCCAGCGACAUUUGUCCUCCAGCCAACGAAAGCUUGCUUGCGUGCUCUUAA